AUGGAGGAAGACGACGAAGAUCACGAAGAAGUGCUUGAAAAGCCAAAGGCCGGUAGUAGUAGUGGCAGCUUCGGCGUGGUUCCGUCUCUCACGGCCCAGUGCUGCGCUUUCUUGCAGAUGAAGUCGUUUGAGGAGCUGGGCAGAGAGCUCGGGAGAGAAAAACUGAUGGGCGGCGAGGCUGCCGCUGGGACGGAGGCCAGCAGCGCGGGGAAAAUUCGCCGGAAGUCGGGAGGCGGGCGGCAGAAGAGCUGGGUGGACGUCAUGGCCGGCAGAGACUAUCUAGACUCCAAAAGACUUAGAAAAGCUGCAUCUGAUGGAUCCUAUGAAGACUUACUACAGGAGAUUAGGAGAGGUGUGGAUGUGACAAAAGCUGAUAGCAAAGGACGGACGGCCCUACACUUUGCAGCAACUCGAGGAGACACUAACAUGGUGAAGGUUUUGGUAUCAUAUGGAGCAUCUGAGCAUACAUACAUUUUGAUCUCUACACUCUUUAAUACAGUGAAGGUUUUGGUAUCAUAUGGAGCAUCUGAGCAUACAUACAUUUUGAUCUCUACACUCUUUAAUACAGUGAAGGUUUUGGUAUCAUAUGGAGCAUCUGAGCAUACAUACAUUUUGAUCUCUACACUCUUUAAUACAGUGAAGGUUUUGGUAUCAUAUGGAGCAUCUGUAAACCAAAGAGACUGUAAUGGAAACACCCCUCUCCAUUUAGCUUGCUGCACACAUCACGUUGGAGUUGUUACUGCACUGCUGAAAUCAGGUACAGAUGUGAAUGCAACAGACACGAAAGGAGUCACGCCACUUCAUCUUGCUCUGUCGCGACUCCGGAUGUUGGGAGGAAAGGAGUCAAAGGAGGAGGGAGGAGGCGGGAGUGAGAGAGGGGGAGAGGGGGGAAAUGGAGCCCCGAGCUUCAGAAAGAAAGAGAUCAUGCACAUAGUAGAGAUGAUCAAGGAGUACCUGCACGUGUCAAAGAGCAGCAGUCAGAAUGAGACCGUGGAACUAGAGAGACUGGCAGGACAGCUCAGCAUAUCUGAAACCCCUCAGCAGGUUGACGAAGUUCAAGGCCUGUUAGAGAGUUUUACCUCAUUAUCGCUGCAGAAGAGACAAGAAACUGCCAGCUGAUUUUUUUUACAUACCCACACUUCAUUUUGCCCUUCUAUCAUGAAUACACAUAAACCACUGAAAUUUUGCAGUCACUGUCAAUAUAAUGUGUUGCUAUUAUUAUGUACCAGUAGUGUGCAAUAGAAUGCGGAUAAAUGAACUAUGGGAUUCAUGAGUUUAGGGCGUUCAUCAUAUGAGCGUAGUAGUCAUCAUCCGAGAUGAGGUCUCCAGUCUGUUCGAGCGGUUUGAUGUGCUCUGAGGUGGUGGUGGUGGGAUAGUCUCGAGGUGGAAGGUCAGGGAGACUCUCGUCAAGGUAGUCUUUGGGAGGCAGGGGAGGCAUGUCCCAUCCGUUUCCAUCAUGAUCGUCUUCAAAUUCAAUUUUGAGUGGGUCGGGGGUGUGUUCAGUGGGUGUGGUUUGCUCAGGGGGAUCGGCAGUUGUAUUCAUCUCGAGCUGAUUUUGCUCUCCAGUUUCUCGACUUUCUCCCUCUUCUCCACUCUCUUCCUUGUCCUUUACCCUUCUCUUUACCUUGUCUUUCAACCAUCCAAGUUUGGACGUGAAGUCCAAAUGAUGCAC